GCGGCAGCCCGGGCAGGAUGCACCCCGCUUUGGCUCUGGGGUUGGUCUACAGCGGGUGUUGCAGCAACGUGGUUUUCCUGGAGUUGCUGAUCAGGGAAUAUCCGGGAAGCGGGAACUUGAUCACUUUCGCUCAGUUCUUAUUCAUCGCCAUUGAGGGCUUCGUCUUUGAAGCCGACUUUGGAAGGAAGCGGCCGGCUAUACCGAUCAGGUACUACCUGAUCAUGGUGGCCAUGUUCUUCACAGUCAGUGUGGUGAACAACUACGCCCUCAACUUGAACAUUGCCAUGCCGCUGCACAUGAUCUUUAGAUCGGGGUCUUUGAUAGCUAGCAUGGCGCUGGGCAUCGUUAUUUUGAAGAAAAGGUACAGCAUCUACAAAUACACCUCCAUAGCCCUCGUGUCUCUGGGCAUCUUCACUUGCACCUUAAUGUCUGCAAAGCAAGUGAGUUCCGAUUCAAGCAGAAGCGAAGAGGACGACAGCAUCUCUACUUUCUUGUGGUGGUUGCUAGGCAUCGCGGCCCUAACUUUCGCCCUCCUGAUGUCUGCUAGGAUGGGGAUCUUCCAGGAGACGUUGUACAAGCAGUUUGGCAAACAUUCGAAAGAAGCCCUCUUCUACAAUCAUGCUCUGCCCAUCCCCGGCUUCCUUCUCCUGGCUCCAGACAUCUACAGGCACGCGAUGCUCUUCAGCCAGUCUGAACUGUUCCAAAUCCCAGCCUUGGGCUUGAGCUUGCCAAUCAUGUGGUUCUACCUCGUCAUGAACGUCAUCACUCAAUACGUUUGCAUACGGGGCGUCUUCAUCUUGACUACCGAGUGCACCUCCCUGACCGUCACGCUCGUGGUAACGCUCCGGAAGUUCGUCAGCCUCAUCUUCUCCAUCCUAUACUUCAGGAACCCCUUCACCACCUGGCACUGGAUUGGCACCCUCUUUGUCUUCGUGGGGACUCUGAUGUACACCGAGGUGUGGAAUUCUCUGGGUCUUCGGAUGGAUGUGAAGAAAAAGCUGGACGACUUGAAGCAGGAGUGAUUCCGGACUCCGCUGGAAAGCUCACGAUGACUGCUGCACUGAACGAGAGACUUUUUCUUUUCCUGCUGAGGAUUUCUAUAGCACAGGACAGAAAAUUCCCUUCUUGUGGAAGUCGGGGAUUGGUUUUUGUAAUACAAAAAAAUAACUGAUCUUGGCUAUGCCAAGCAGCUGAGUGAAUCCCCUGCAGUGGGGAAAAUGCUUUUCAACUCCAAGGGAUUUUGACAAGGGGAAACAUGUCGCGGUUUCGACCGAGAUCGGUCCGAGUCUUAUCUCACAUUUGUUUUGUUCGCACCCGAUAGCCGCUCGUUGCAGGGCCAGCUUCGUGUCUCGUUCGUGCUGUGUGGUCCGUACAGCGAAUAUUCUGGGUGAUUCGUAGCAUACACUUUUUUUUUAGUUGUUAAGUACAUUUGACCGGUGGCCUUGUGGUGCAAGAACCCUGUGUUCAUUGUGCUCUUGAUAGGGGUUGGAUUCUCUUGCGGCAGGUUGCAUCUUUGUGAGGCGAGGAUGCAGUCAAAGAAAUGGCUCGCUGCGUAAAACUCGUGUGGGGUUUACAGCAUGGCAAAGUAGCCACUUGUGUAGAAUAUUGUCGAAUUCUUUAUAGGUUUUCUUAUUUUCACUCUAGUUUUCCCGACACUACUCUGCCUUCAAGAUUUGGGCAAAGAGAGCACAGGUAGCGGUCAUUUAAGGGUAGGAUUUUGGGUGGUUUUUGCCUGGCAGAUAGUUUCAUGCUGAUCAGGCAGUUUAUAAUUUUAAAACGUGGUUCCUCUGCUGUCAAACGUGCCUGUCACAAAAUGAUUUCCAUCCUGUUGAGGGUGGCCUAUAUCUCCUAUGUCUUGUCCUCCUGGGAUGGUACUAUCUUUUAAAUACUGUAAUCUUUUUGCGGCAUUACUAGUUUACAGAUGUCCUAGUGCUCUCUUCCUGGCCCUUGUACAAUUAAAAAAAGGGGGUGGAGAAGAGAUGAAUAAUCUCUGUGUGUAGAUCUUUCUCCUUACCAUAUCUCUUGAUUUCUGCAGUAGUUUAGCAGUACUCACAAACCUCUGGGGUGGAACCAGAGAGAUAUUGUGGCUGACCUGCCAAAUGGAAAUAAUGGGGCUGCCCCACAUCUGCUCCCCACCCCUAUGUAGUGGUGCUCGCCAUGAGAUGAUAUAAUGCUGAGUCCCCGCAACCCUUGGUUCGAAUUUGGUUUUAAUGAUUGCUGCUUUCAGAUGAAGAAUUGUGAGUUUUCUGUGAAGAGGCUUGCCAGCUAAGGCAAUAUGCUGCCCAUAGCUACAAUUUCCAGGGUUCUUUAAAGGAAGCCGGGAUAGUUUCAAAAUUAAUUUCAAAUGGAGAGGGGACAUACCCAGAAGGGCUUAGAAAUGGAGUGAGGGGUCUAGACUAUGGAGAAUCAAUUCGUUGUUAGAUCAACUAUUCCUCUUCAGGUGCCACAGAACUUUUGGAAAUCCAGCAAGCUGAGAUCCACUCCAGGAAGGGCACAGAAUAAGCUACACUGUUCUGAGGUAUUUGUGAGGUUAGUUUCUUAACCCAAGGAUGCUCAAAUAGGCAGAUAACAGGCAUAUCCGGUCCAGUCACUGUCCUGAACCUUUUGCUUGGUUUGGCAAAGAUAGCUGGGGCAGAAGGGGUUAUCUGCUGGUUACCACCGUUUAGAAAAAAAGCUGUACAACUUCUCCUACCGCUAUUUAAUGAUGCAGAAUCCCUGCUGAGGCUGGUUUUUAACAUCUCCAGCCACGAGUCGUCCCAUGUAUGUAUACAGUAUUUAUAUAUUGCUGUCUGGCUCCUCGUGCAAAUAAGUUAAUUCUGCAUUUGUUUCUCGUAGGUGUAUACCGAGGGGUUUUGUUGUGCGUGUAAUGCUGUUUUGUCUUUUUUUGAAAAAAAAAAAAGGUAUAGUUUCCCGCCA